AGUUGUUUUUCCAAAAAGAUCAAGAGUGUAAUACACUGCUGGCAAUUUUCCAGAUUUUGAUCUUCCGAUAGCUCCACUUUCAAUCAACGUAACUGUCCCUGGGUUUUUCAAAUUACACCAAGAAUCGUAAAGAGAGAAGGAAGAAGCCUGAUAAAGGUUGGUUUCUCCAACGGUUGUUCAAUCUUAACGUUGUGGUCACUGGAGGGCGAAACAAUCUCAUCAUGAGCACAACUAUUCUGCGUGUAUAUGUCUGACUGGAUUUGCUCAAACAUGGCUGUACAAAUCUCUCUCAUGUACUCUUACUGAGUCUUGUGGUGGAGCAUGUUUUUUCAUUGUCACCUUUUAUUUAUUUAUUUUCUACAGAAUUUUUCAAUACUGAAUACGCUGAAGUAGAUAGACUCUCAUGUUUCUCACUGGCUAUUAACCUACCCCUCCCUACCCGAAACAAAGAUUUUCAUAACUUCCCAUAAUUUUCUCUAUAUGUCAGUUUGAGAUCAGUGCGCGUAUCAGAGUGCCCUGAGUUUUGAAAAUUUCCCAUAUCAGCUGAUGCAGACCAAAAACGUGAAAAAGCUAGUGCCGGCGGUUGAUUUUGGACACAACGUUGGUGGGCUGUUUGACCAGGAGCAAAAAAUAUAUGUCACGCUCACAGAGUAUUCACCACGAAGUACAGAGCAAUUUUCACAAACACGAAAAUCAGGUACACGACAGGGAAAGAGGCAAGAACAUGGCUGGGAGGGCCAAACAUGAGAUAUUGGCCCCAAAAGUCGAAUUUUGCACUUUGAUGUGCGACCAGGGGCUGUCGUAUUUCACGAAAAAUUUUGCUCGACAUGCAGCUGACCUCCCAGCUACGAUCCUUUUUCCGGUUUCACGUGUAGUUCACAACAUGAAGAAUUCUGUUCGAGAUGGGGGGCAUCCAAAGCGUGAGCGCAUUGCCCUGGGAACUGAUGUUCGGCUAGACAAACAAAAAAUAUGACAUUCCUUCGUACUACGGUCUGGGAAAUGUUUUCAUAAAUGUUUCCAGAUAUGGCCUUAGAUCCACAGGCAUGGGGUAUCCUAGCUCUCACGCCGAGAUUGCCGACGAAGGUGGGGGAGCCGGUCAUGGAAACCUCGUCGCUUUUAUCAGAAAUGACGGAAACACAGACCAUCAGUUUGACUACUUUGUUCCCCACAAGGUAAGCGGGCUCACACAGGCAGGGCUGUUAAGUUUAAAUCGGUUAAUCGAGCCCUUCGUGCACUGUGUUCUCGGGGCCCAGGUUAACGUGGUCUGUAGCAUUCUCGGUGAUGGAGGCCGAGCGAUAGAAGCGCAGAGUGAGUUUCUCGAGUUGUUGGAGGAUGCCGUCAGGCAGCAUGACCUGGCCGAGAGCGUGCAUCGAUACCAGCUGACUAUAGACAAAGCAAAAGGUGCCCCUUAACUUUUAGGUGCUACCCGCGGCAUGGCUGAUAAAUACAGAAAGAGUAGUUGGCUAAAACAACAAACUCUUGCAGGCAACACCAAACAUGAAGCUCGGGGUGGACAACGACGUGAACACAGAUAUAAAAAGUGGGGCUGCGCCUAAUGGACGGCGGUCCUUAAAAAAUUAACCUGCAAACAGUCACCCACCAAAAACAUUUCACAAGGGAGAGCAAUAUCAGAGCCGCCUACCACUCCAACCCUCUCCUCGCCACCUGACCCAGCCCCAGCGUUCCCGAGUUAUGACGUAAACAAGGCGCUGAUCGUUAUGGGAGCAGUUCUUUUGACUGGUCUGUUUGUUUGUAAGCGUUAACGAUUGCGCUUGAGGAACCGUUCCGUCAGAAAGGAGAUCACGGCAAGAAUUGUGAGCCAAGUGUGUUCUGCCUUGAAAAUGAAGCUUACAAUCGCGCAGGUGAGCCCUAGUUUUUUGCUCAUUGUCUGUAGCCCUUUGCCGAUGCCCUUGUCCACCUUUUUCAGAGCGUUGAACAAUGCACCAAUCGCGGCGCCGAAAGUGACUCCAGUGGCAAGGAGGGUGAAGCCAUAAUUUUUAAAGAUCUCUAAAACUUGUUCACGUAGCGGAAGCGCCUCCCGAAGCUUUCGUUUUGUUCUUCAAGAUCCGCCACGUUUUCGUCUCUCUUCUACUUUUUCACGCGCUCUCUCCCUUAUUUCCCGUUGUUCAUUUUCAUUGUUUGCAAUUUCUUGAUUUACCUCGAUUUGGUCAUUGCGCCUGUCGAUUUCCUCUUGAUUUUUGGUCAUAAAGCUCUUGUUUUGUCUGACCGAGAGCGUCUUUGACAAACUUUAGAAGCUUUUUCUUUCGGAUAUAUUUUUAUUGAAAAUCUGAGAUUCGCCGCCCUUGGGCCAAUGGCAACGAUUUUGGGGAGUAUUUACUCUUGGAAAUUUGAAGAUCUAGCUCGGUCGCCCCUUCUGAGUCAAACAAGGUUAAAGCCUUGAAUGUACCUUUCAAGCGUAACAAGACUUCACGAACACAGACUGCGCUAUCAAACUCUACAACCGCACGCACAAAAAUGCGCCACUCACAGCCCCCGGCGAACCAAAGUUCUCUGCUUUCUACCAGACCGUUUCUCUGAAAAACCAGGUCGAGUUAAUACUCCAAGCCCUUUGGCAAAUAUAUCUUCCAAAACACAUUCCUCUCCCCAAAUUCGAUGUUUUCACGCCAAACACCAAGCAGACCCUCUUUUUCUUCUACACGACACUGUGGGGCAUGGUGGGGCCGAAAAAGCGUGUGACACCACAACGCUGUCGAAAUGCGGCUGCCCGAGGGCCAAAGAUCUUCCGAAUGGGUCGUUUGGCUUCCUGCUGUGGUCUCUUCUCUGAACGGCGAAGUCACUCGCUCACGUGCAAAAAUCCGCUGCGGUCAUCAAAGAAAAGGCCGUUUAUUCCAAGCCCUCCACCCCUCAUCACAGAUCUUUUCGCCUGUGCGAGACAUGACUCCCCUCCGCGGCGGUUGUGUGCUAUCUUUACCAGCCCGGCGAGCUUGAGGACGAAAGCAAAAGAAGCCACAGAUCCGAUCUGGCCUUUUAAAGUGUACCACAUCGUAAAAACCAUCAGCAAACCCGAUGAACCGAUUUUGGAUUAUUUGCACCACGGCCCCAAACGGGGCUUCGUUUGCGAGGAGCUUCUUGUCGUGCCUACUGACACCGAGCUGCCGCCUCUUCACAGAUGAUAUUCGAUCGGCUCCGUGUGGAUGCCGUCUUGGCAGGACCUAUUAUUUGUCGUAGUAGGCGUUCAGCGCUAGUGUUUUUUGCUGAGAGGUGCACAUCGCCACUUCGUUCAUUCUCACUCCUCCGUUUGUGGCUGGCGGUGUCUACGACCCCCUCCAGCGCGGCUUUGAACCGCUCCCAGCGCAUUUUGUUUUGGCGCUUUAAGCUCCCCUUCGGGGACACUUUCACCUUUCUUUUCUCUUCCUCCAUGAAAUAACACUUGCUGCACAGCGCGAUUCCGCAAAUGUCCUCGAACUCCAGCAUGAAAAGUCCCGGCUCUUGCGCGUUCCGUUCUUUUUUGCAGGCUCGGAACUCUUUCGCCAUGGCGGGGAAAACCGCCUCUUCCAGGGAAUCUCACGACAGCCAGAGGUCGAGGCUAUCGGUGUCUAUCUGGAUCAGCUCGUAAUUGCGCUUGUCGAGGAACUUUUCCAGUCAUAUUAGAGAGCUUAAGCAGUGGACGUUCUUGAGCUCACGGACCUCAGGAAGGUUGCGCACGGUCUGGAUCGAGUACGGCGUUUGUGGCACGAAAAGUGAAGAUUAAGCAAUGAAUGGUUUUUGGUAUAUUAAGCGCGAUUAGAAUGUCUUCACUCAUAGCGUUUCGAAUUUCAGAAAGAUCUUUGUCACUGAAGAGGACUUGUACAUUUUCUUUGCCCCAUUUUCAUACGCACAUUUCAUCUUUCACAUUUAUUCGCCAAGAUUGAAAUGCCGUCGUAUACUAUUUGAUUGUAUAGACACAAAUCAAGCAAACAAAAAUUACCAUACAUGAUAGCGAAGUUUAACGGUCCAUUAUAUUUGCAGUUACAUUAACCACAAAUGAGAUUUAGUUUGACAUUCAUUUUCAAUUGUCGAUUGCACUAAGUAUCACAGGCGAUGAUUAUUCGCAUGGACAAGAAAUGGAGUAAAUCGUACGUAAAUCCCAUAAAUUUUGUCACCUUCUAGUAGAGCUUGCCAGGUGAACCUGUCCAGUCCAAAAAUAGAGUUGGAGACUGUUCGUCUGAUGUUUACAUCUCUGAAAAUGCCGAAUGAAUAGCAGAAGAGUUUUCGUUGGUUUUAGGCCAACAAUUUAACCACAAUAUCGGAAAUUCCCAAAUAAUUCUUACCCAAACGCGAACUUUCGAGUACUAGAAUCUCGCGUUCUUUCUUGAACUUCAAAAGUGGCGUUCUGGAGUCGGUGACCCAACCUCACGGACGUAAACACAUGCGCAGUAUAUUCACACUGGCGCAAGUGGCUUCCAAUCGGCGUUCGUGACCUCAGGAAUGUCUGCUGUUUAAACUCUCUAGUAAAACUGCAGGACCGGAGCUUGGCCAUCUGGUAGACAGCAAUCCCCACCUAGGAGGGCCUGUCGAUUUUGACUUGACAGUUUCGGGUCUCGGAUUUCGUACACGUCGCCGAUCUCCUCCAAAUCUUGAAACCACACCGAGCGCAGCUGUUUCCUCAAGACGCUUUCGUUUGUUGUGUACUCCACGGUCGUUUGCCAUUCCAGUGCUUCUAUCGUCUUGCCAUACUAGGUGUUUCAAAAAGCUUGAACACGUCGGCCAGCAGAGCCUGUUCUGGAUUUUGAUCUCUCUUACGCCGGUUCUCCAUGACUUUGUUCACGAACCACGUGAAGAUCUUUAGCGGAACAUAGUCAAUGGUUCGGGGGAAACGCUGUGAUUUGUAAACCAUGGUCGAGGUACUUACUUAAGCAGCGGCGAGUACAUCAGGAUUUUUGGUGCUUAAAGGGCGCCAACCAGCCUUCUUUGGUCGUGCAUGGGCUUGAGCGUGCUGCGCACCAAGUAGUCUUUAGGGACUUUAAGAUCCAACGACGCAACGGCGAUGAGAACGUCGCUUAAAAAGUGAAUUUGCGUUUUUUCAGUCUAUAUCGCAAUUAUUCUUACUGAGUUGCUUUGUCAAAUGUAGACGAACCCUCCUGGAGUUGUUACAAUUAUUGUAACGACAUAGUAUCACGAUGGUCAAGAUACCUGUUUUCUUUAUUGUGAAUCUUAGAAGUACAUUGCGCACAUUGUGACGUCAUAAUUACAUAAUUUAUGACACUCUCCCGGGCCGAUUAGCUAAGAAAUAAUAUGGAAUGAUUAGCAAAGGAUAAAAGUUUAAGAAUAGUAUCGUAAUGAAUCUGAUAUCGUUCAUGUCAAGUAUUCAUUUGUGAUUGUUCACGGAUUCUAUGAAUUGCCUUCUGAGCGGCAAGUCGUAGUGGGAAACGUAGUUUAUUGGCUAUAGCUUCUUUGUCUUCCUUCUCAAUACCUUGUGCAUUGUUCUCGCUCGACACUUCUAAUGGAUAAAGCUUCUCUAUGGGUCUUAAUAGUUCACUACCAGAACUUAUUCUUAAAGAUACAGAUCUGACUAAUCCGUCUUUCCCUUUAUGUAAAUCAGUAACAACACCUAUUUUCCACUGAUUACGUGGUACAUUAUCAUGUAUGAGAACAACAUCUCCUAUAGCAACUACUGUCUUGAGCUGUCUUGUUUGAUGCUUUCUUUUGAUAAGAGUUAUAUUCACGCAGGCUUGUCAGAUAUUCCUUUAGCCAUCGUGUCCAGAAGGCUUGUAUCACUAUCUCGUGAUACUUUGCUCUCUUCUUUAGCUCUUUUAUUGAAACAUCAGUUGGGAUAUAGUCUGGGUCUGAUUUUUUGACGCUAACUCUUGUGUCUGGUAAUGUCAGAAGACGGUGUCCACAUAAGAAAUGUGAUGGACUGUGAUUCCAUGUAAGCGUUGGUCAAAUUUUGGGUUUAGCCAAAACGCUCUUUUAAUAGCUCAGUUGCCUUUCUAUAAUUUUCUUCAGUCAAUGGCAGCCCGGAGAUAGCGCGCGCUGCUUCUCCUUUAAGCAUUCCAUUUAGAUAAUUCAUUUUUUCAACAUCACUUAGUUCGAGAUUUUUAUCAAUAGCUGCACUAAAGCUAUCCCAGAAUGUGAGCCAUGCAAGUGGAUCUCCUUCAAAGGAUUUGAUGUUUAUCUUGGGUAAAUUGAUAUGUAUUCGAGGUGUUGGUGCUUGUUUGAAACUACUAUGAUGGAACUGACUCACCGGUGUUUCUUGUUUAUUCUUUAGAAAUUGUUUAAUUUUGAAUUGCUAGUCCGAUAUAUUGUCUUCAAAGACAUCACAAUUUUAGCAUCCAUCUGCGCUAUUUCCCCAGCUCUUCGUGUGAGUCUGUCCACGAGUGCCUCCAAUUCAACGUGAUCUGAACUCUUUGAAGUUAUGAGUUUUUCUGCCUUUUUAAAAUCUUGUGAACAGUGUCCUUUGUAGGCUGCUCGGAUCGAUUUCAUUUUGCUUAUAUCCUCUGUCAUUUUCGCCUGGUCUCGGCACCAAUGUUACAAUUAUUGUAACGACAUAGUAUCACGAUGGUCGAGAUACCGCUUUUGUUUAUUGUGAAUCUUAGAAGUACAUUGCGCACAUUGUGACGUCAUAAUUACAUAAUUUAUGACAGGAGUUGAAUUCCUGGGCACCAUAUCCAAGUACAGUAAGAGAAAUAAAGUUUCGUCGUUGCUUGUUUACGUCCUCCAUAAAACGCGAAAUUAGGCAUGUUCACGUCGUAGUCGUGCAAAAACGGCCAGAGAAAUGUACAAAAAAGCAUGAUGCACGUGCAAAGUUGUUGUUUUGCUAAUCAAAGCUAUUGUUUUUUUGACGUUCUCGUUACCGUCCGCGUCGUUGGAUCUUAAAGUCCCUUUUCAUAUGCUGCGGCACUGCCUCGCUUGCGACGGGUUUGGUAUAAAAUAGCGGCGGCAUUUCCUCGAACUUCUCCCACAACUCUCUGGGAACCCCGAUGUCCAACUCGGCGAAGGCAAACUGUCUCUCUGCAGAACGUCGAUGAACUUUUCGACGUUCCCCGGCGUUUGUGGCCAUGACCCAACGACCUCCUUGGCACAGGGCAUUGCACACUACAUUGCGUUUGGGUACAGCGCGUUGGCGUCGUAACCCAGAACUCUUCGACUCUUCGACACAUCUUCGCGUCUUGGAAUUUGCGAACAGAUUCUCGUUUUGCCCGCCUGAUGCUUUCGACAGAAGACCAAGCUCGCCCACGCCCCCCACCCGACAACCGCUCCUUUCAGCAUUUCGUAGUCCCCCUCACCUGGGGCGUACAACUCCGGGGCGUCUCUCUUGGCCUGCACACCGCGUCUUUGAAAAGGUAAAUUUCCAGCCCCGUGUACUGCAUCUGUCGUGUCAACCAUCUCCUUCCUUUUUUAUGUCUUUUCGGAAGUGACCAAGGCCUCCCUACCUUCUGGAGAACACUCUGGACAGCCAUGGAACUAUAACACCGCGUUUGUUUUUACCGUGGCCACACAUUUUGUGAUGGAUAUAAACACCCUUCCGUUGGACCUCGUGCUCCAUUCAGCUUACCGCCAUUCCCGCAUACGCCUUCUUCCCCUAAAUCGCUUUUUCAUGCGCGGCCUCCAGCGGAUAGACUCGGUCUCCUCGGCACACCAGCUUUGUCACUCCUCUCGUAUAAACGUCUGCAUGCUUCCACAGAUUAUAUGUUUUGGUAAAACUUGCUUGACAUUCGGCACACGCGUUGUGGUUCGACACUUUGUCAAGAUUUGUUAUCAAGAAAGCGUGCUCUUCUUAUAUGCCGAUGUUCAUUCGGGGCACCCGAAUGUAUCAUGUAUUUCAACGAAAAGGUACCUUCGUCGUCAACCUCAUUGUAGCCGCUAAUAAUCUGGCACACGCUACUUGAAUUUGAAUCCCUUUAUAACAAUUUCGCCGUAAGACACUGCGUUACAGCGGGGAAAUGCAACGCAAUGAACAAGUUCUGAAAGUACAUCAAACGCAGAUACACAAUGUAAGCAAACCGAAGUAGUAAUGAAAUCUGGGUCGAUCUGAAAGCAAAAGAGAAUCCGCUGAAAAUGGAACGGGAUACGGGUUCGGCUGAGUCGAUCAUUCAACAUGAAUUGUACGGGAAGAAAUUUAACGACAGACCCUUGUAUAAAACUGAGCUCAUGUUGUUAACCUACACGGGGAAAACAUUAUUCUAGUCGGAGUGUUUAAGGCAAAUGUCGACUACAAAGAUAAGCCACCUUAACUGUUGGAUCUGUAUGUGGUUAAGAAUAAGGGUCCUGUGUUGAUGAAAGGGACUGGCUCUACAAGAUACGCCUCUAUUGGUAUGCUAUUAAAUCACUGGAAGUUUCACAAGCCCCACCAAUUGCUAGAGAGCGCCAGCAGAACAUGCAAGACAAAUACGCUGAUGUUUUUGAAGACAAACUUGGAACAUUCAAAACAGCUAAGGCAAACUACCUUUCAAAGAAGAUAGCCAAGCUCAUUUCUGCAAAGCUAGUGCUGUGCCUUGUGCCUUGAGACCUACGGUUUAAGAAGAACUGGGAAGACUUCAGAAUGAAGGUAUUCUCACGAACGUUGAGUGGAGUGAUUGGGCAACGCCCAUUGUACCUGCCCCAAAGAAAGAUGGAUCUUUCAGGAUCUGUGGUGAUUACAAAGGCGCGGUGAACCCAGAACAACAAGCUGAGCAGUAUCCCUUGCCCCGCAGUGAAGAUAUCUUUGCAAAGCUUGCCCGGGCAGAAUUUCUCACAGAUUGACCUUCGUCAGGCAUACCACAAACUAGAGAUGGCGGAAGAUUCCAAGAAAUACCUCACUAUCAACACGCACAUGGGUCUGUUUUAGCACAACAGACUUGGUAUUCGGCAUCACAUCAGCACCUUCUAUCUGGCAGCGCACCAUUAGUCAAGUGCUGGAAGGAACAUCUUGCACAAGCUGGCAAGGAUAAUGAAGAACCCAUGGCUAACUUAGAAAAGUCCUGCGACGGCUUUCGCUUCAUGGGUUGAGAGCAAAACAAGGCAAAAUUUAAGUUUUCAUGGAGAAGAUAAUUCAUUUUGGACAUGACAUGACAUUGACAAGGAUUGACAAGGGCAGCAGAGAAAGUAGAAGCGGAAUUGAAAGCACCACGUCCAAACGACGUAGCUGAAGUGAGAUCUUUUCUUGGGCUUAUCAAUAACUACCACAGGUUCUUGCCUAACCCGUCGACAGCAGUACAUCCCUUGAUCCAACUUUUGGAGAAGAAUCAUCAGUGGAAAUGGAAAGAACAGUGCGAGGCAGCAUUCUACAAAGUGAAAGAAAUGAUCACUUCAGAGCAAGUUCUAACACAUUACAGGAGCCCAUCACUAGAAGCCUCUAUCUCCCCUGAUUUCUUGAGUCGACCCUUUACCGAGUAGAUUUAAAAAUUCCGCGAAAAGUGUCAUAUUUCCGCGAAUCUCGUAUGUCACCGUGAAAAAAUAUAGUUGGACGAAGUCUAAAUCAGAAGCCCGUCGUUCGACCGUUUUUCCUUUUUUACGAUGUUACAGCCGAUGGAAUCUGGGUAUCAUGAAAUACCAGGCUCAGCAUGAAAAGAUGGGAUGAUAGGAGCGAAAUGAGGAUCACUGAAAGGUUAUCUUUGCGAAUGGUUUUGAUUUUUAACGUCAUACAUUCCCCAUGUAAGCAUCCACUUUGAAAAGAGUCGACGAUUAAACGUACUGUGGACGAUUUGGAACUGUAUGACGGUCGGCGCAGAAAAAGUGCCAGUAUCACUGGAUUUUUGUCAUCAUCGGGGAGCUUUAGUUUAAGCUACAAUUCUUUCCUUAAAAUCCAAAUCUGUAGAUCACUUUUCGUGAGAAAAAAAUGUUAAAGAGCUCGGCGCCGGGUUACAAAUCAUACGGAAUCAUCACACUGACGGACAAAACAGAUAAACGCAUUUCGGAAACAACCUUGAAAAAAAAACCUUGAGAAAUAUAGAGGGUCAUUUAGCCGAAAUAAAAGCCUUAACGCUUAAGAAAAUUGGCUAAAGAAAACGGUGCUAGAAUCGAAUCCUGUCAGAACUACAAACAAUAACCUGCAAGAAAUAAUGCAUCAGUAUGCAUGGAACAGACCAGCUUGAUAGCCUCUUAAUGUGAGACAAGCAGCCAAAAUUAAGAUCUACACGGUCAGAGUUUAAAAUUCUCCGCAGUGGACACUGCCGUCGCGACGAGCAAAAUGAGCACUGUGGCGACUUUCUCGGUUGUAAGGUCUUCAGUUGUUUCCCUCAGUGUACAUGUAUUUCUGUAAGUUGUCAAAGAAAAAGGAAGCGACCAGCGGCAGUUUCAGUUUAAAUUUGCCGUAUUAAAUAAAUUCUACUGACUUGGCAAAAUAUAAUGCAGAGCAAAGCUAGUCUUCAGAUCGACUUUUAAGUACAGUGGAGUUAAGUAAAAAUAGUGAAGAUUCAUUAAGAUGGAUUGUUUGGCUCGGAGUUGCAUUUUAUCAUCGAUCAAUGCAGAAAAGAGUAGUUACUAAGGGCGUAAAAUUAACUUUUUGUAAGAGCCUAUUUUAAUUGACCCGCGAAACAGUUAAUAACAACUAGGGUAAAAAAGCUACAAAUAAACAAAAGAAGAUAAUAGAAUUAGUGCAUAAUAGUGAGUAGUAUUCUUAUGUACUUACUAGUUCACGGGUUAAGUAAAAUCACUCUAUUUCAAAGUCGUGGCCUGUUCAACAAAAAAAACAAAAGCAAGCGAAGAAACAAGAACAAAAACAAACGGUUUGCUAAAUAUUACUGAACAGCUGAAACAGCUCGAGACCGUCCAAAAGUACGAAUUUUUACUCUAAAUGAUUGGAGUGAACAAAGGGGAUCCCUACAACGUAUCUACUUAAAAACCAACAUGGCGUUUACCAAAAAUGUUUCCUAGUAAGACUAGUAAAGUAUGUGCCAGUUUUGCAUGCCAAUCGCGGCAACAGACAUUGAGGUGCAGUUUCGCGUCCUUUUAUCUCGCGAUUUUCACCCAAAUUCUUGUUAAGCCCCUUCUAAGGUCCUGUUUUCAAGGAGGGAGGGUUACCCUCGUAAACGCUCAGCUAGGGAUAACUCGCCUACCCGCGUUAACUUUCCGCCGUCAUUCGUGACCAGUAUUCGUGCCAAUUUGAACGGUAUUAUCCAAUUUCUGAGCUUAAUUAUAAACAUCUGAAAAAUAAAACGUUGUCUACGAUGAUAAUAUUGUCCCUUUUUUCGUGAAUUUGACGUGUUUUCCUCAAAGAACUUCAAUAUUAUUUCAAAUUUUGGACCGUUACAAAAAAUGUCACGUAUGACGAAACGCGUCAGUAAAGCUGGUAAAGUUGCCCCGGGUGAAGUGAUAGGGUAACCUUACCUGUGAAAGUUGCUUGUAAACCAGAGCUAACUUUAACCCCCUUGCUAGGGUAACCCUCUGUCCUUGUAAACAGGCUUUAAGGCCCCGUUUACAAGGAGGGAAGGUAACCCUGGUGCUAGGGAUUACCCUAGCGCUAGGGUAACCCCACCUGAGUGCUGGGUUGCCCUAGCAAGAGGGUUACCCUCCCUGCCUUGUAAACGCUCAGCUAGGGAUAACUCGCCAACCCGGGUCAACUUUCCGCCGUCAUGCGUGAACAUUAAUCGUGCCAAUUUGAACGGUUUUAACCGAUUUCUGGGCUUAAUUAUAGAAAUCUGAAAAAUGAAAAGUUAUGUUCUGUCUACGAUGAUAAUAUUUUCCCCUUUUUCCGUGAAUUUAACGUGUUUUCUAAAGAGAACUUCAAGAUUAUUUCAAAUUUUGGACCGUUACAAAAAAUGUCACGCAUGACGAAACACGUCAGCAAAGCUUGUAAAGUAGACCCGGGUGAUAGGGAAACCCUACCUGUGAAAUUUGCUUGUAAACCAGAGCUAACUUUAACCCGCUUGCUAGGGUAACCCUCUUUAAUUGUAAACAGGCCCUAAGUUUGAAAAAUCAUAGUUCUCUGGCAGGCGGUAUUUCUAUUUCUCGCGACCUACGCUGCUUCGCCGCCAAAUCUCACGCAGCUGCUACACCAUACCGCCAGCUGCGCAGGCUACGGAUUACGGUUAUUACUAUUUUAUCCAGACAAGCUGUUGUAGCCCCAUCUCUUGCUAUUUCCAUGUUUGUAUGUUUGUUUGCUUUCAGGUGCUGUGUCUUGCUAUUGCUGUGAACGUUAUUCAGUCAGAAUUCCUAAGAUAAAAAAGCCAAUUCCAGUUACUGGUGAUGAACAGGAGACUUGUACUCCGCUUACAGAUGCAGAUUACGGCGACUGGAGGAUGAAAAAAGCUGAAUCAGAAACUGACUAUUGA